CCAUUAAGAGCCGGCGUACCUGGCCGCCAGAACCGGCCCUCUGCUUCUCUUGGCAAGACGAAAAGGUUGGCGACGCAGGACCCAUCAUCCAGCAACAAGCGCCCUCCACCGGAUUCGUUGUAGUCCGUUGACAGGAUCAUACCCUGCCGCUGCAAAUCCUCAGGCUACGAUAAACAAAAUGAAGGUGGGAGAGGAAGGAGAGAGACGAGGUUAAUUUGGGGACCUGGACCCAGGCGCGCUGGAAGCGGAUGCCGGAGAGCAUCUGCGCGGCAGAGCAACCCUCAGAGCACGGCGCCUCGGUGCAACUGGCGAGCUGGGAGCCGAAGAUCUUCAGCGCCGCGAGGGUAUAGUCCAUGGCCACCGGUCACCGGACAGCCGGUCGCCGCCGCAGGGUUUCGGGUGACACUGGGUCACCAAUCUUGCGAAUGUUCCGAUGUUCGUGUGUCCAGAACUGUGUUUGGGCUGGACCGCUCUCGGGCCGUAAAUUCGCCAUUUCCUUUUCUUUCUUUUACUAGACUGGAUCACGUAAGCCCAUCAAGAGGAACUCGCUCUGAGUCUGAGUAGGAUGGGCUGCCUGAACACGGAAUGCCGGAAUCCCCAAUGCGCAUCCGCACGAAACCUGCCCUCAGUUCAGGCCUUCAGGGUUCCCCUUCUGCAGCGCCCUCGAAACUCGAAAGCGUCCUGUAGUUCAAGCUCCGCGCCUCCGCCGGCCAAUACUCAGGUACUCGCUAAUCUCCGCCGGUCACGUCGCAAUGGCGCCAGGCGCUCCGCGAGAGUAUGCCCUCGAGGGGGGCGAAGCGGCGCAGGACGAAGCGCCCGAGUCACCGCAGGAACGGGAAGAAGCGAGUCAGAGAGAAGAGGAUGGCGGCGUCGAGGAGGCCGACGACGACGAGGAAGCUCCCACUCACCUCCCGUUCGCGCCAUCUUCCGAGCUGCUUGAUGACACGACAACAGUUGAUCCCAGCUACACUAUCUCCCUUAUACGGCAGCUACUACCCCAGGGUUCCAAUGUGGAGAAAGAGUUCAGUGUGAAGCAAUGUGCCCCGGACGAGAAGGAUGCAAAUUCUGGUAAUGGGGAAUCAGCGCAACCUGAUUAUAAGGAUCCAUGGGAAGAGUGUGGUUGCAUUCUGUGGGACCUUGCAGCUAGUAAACCACAAGCAGAACUGAUGAUGAACAAUCUUGUGCUUGAAGUGCUUUUGGCAAAUCUCCAUGUGACUCAAUCCUCUAGAGUAAAGGAAAUCUGUCUUGGAAUCCUGGGAAACCUAGCCUGUCAUGAAUCUCUAGUAAAUGUUAUCAGCCUGCACAAUGGUUUGACUGCUACGGUUAUGGAUCAGCUAUUUCUAGACGACUCUGCUUGCCUUUCUGAAGUAUUCAGGUUUUUGGCUGCUGUUUUACGUACCAGUGUGUCUGUUUCUUGGGCUGAAGCUCUUUUACCUGAUGAAAUUCUUUCACGUGUUCUGUGGAUAGUUGGAAACACUCUGAACUCUACAUUGCUUGAGAAGGUUAUAGACUUUCUGUCAACUAUCAUCGAUAAUCAAGAUGUGACCGCCAUUCUUCUUCAGCCAUUGAUAAAAGUGGGUUUGAUCAACCAUACUAUCAGUUUGUUAGCAAGUGAGAUUGAGAAGCUAUCAAAUGAGGGUAAAUUAGACAGGUCAGAUUCCCUUGAUUUGAUCCUUAAUUUCGUUGAAGAAUUAUCUGCCAUAGACAGUUGUUCAGGAGUUAUGUCAGAAAGUGAUCAGCUGAUUCAAGUGCUUGAAAGCAUAGUUAAGUUACCUGAUAAAUUUGAGGUUACAACCUAUUGUGCUUCUGUGGUUAUCGUAUUAGCAAAUAUUUUGGCAGAUGGAAAGCAUAUUGUGCCUAGGCUCUCUCAUGAUUUACCCUUCAUGGAGGGCCUCUUUGACAUUCUUGCACUGGUCUCUGAUGAUAACCAAGCCCGGAACGCUCUCUGGUGUAUCUUACCAUGUUUGCUGGCACAAGCACAACAGAUGGAUAUGAACUCUUCAUCUCUCGAGCAGUUUGUAUCUCUAUUGCUUGGCAGGUUCACACACAUUAAAGAUGACCUUGAAAGCCACAGAGUUGACAAAAAAGAGGAGUUGACAGCUGAGGACGCUUACUUGAAGCAUGGGGUAUCCGCAUCUCUCAGGGCGAUCUGCUGUGUCAUGGAGAGGUGGAUCGUGGAGAAGUCCUCCCUGGGCGAAGACGAAGACGACGCCCCACCGACUGAAAGCACCGUUGAAGAUGCUAGACAUCUUCUGAACUACUGCCAGAAUUAUGACCUGUAGCUUGCUUACUGCAACUUUAGUGGACAUAGCUGACCUGUGAGUGUGCGGUUGCAACCCGCGGCUGCCUAACCGUAGAAAGUCGUUUAAAUACUAAUGUUGCUGUAGAGGACAACACUGCUACGGAGUACUCAGUUGCCAUAGAGGACAACAGGCUCUAUAUGUCAAUUUGCAUUUCUGUUGCCUCCAGCGUGGGAUAUAGGGGUUAUAUUUUGCAGCUCCCAUAGUCCCAUAUGGUCAUAUGGAUGCUGAUAAAUGGAUGAACGUGGUAAAGAUAAAUUUUCUCGUUAA